CCGGAGGGGCGGGGGCGGCGAUAGCAGGCUCGAGGAAGGGGAGCGCGGAGCGAUCGCUUCCGCCGGCAGCGUGUCCCCGGGGACGGAUCGAGGGAAGCCUCUCUCUCCCUUCGCUGUGGUGUUUUUUACGAUUUUGGUGUUUUUUUUUUUUUUUUUUUUUUGCUCCGCUCUCCCUUUACUUGCGCGUGAGGUAAACGUGGUGCGCGCUGCCUGCGCUUCAGGUGGGGAAGGAGGGAGAAAGAAAGCGGGCAGGCUCUGCUUCCCCCCGCUCCUCAGCGUCUCUCCGGAGCCCUCCGCGCCCCGCUUCUCCCCGCGGCGAGGUACGCGGCCCCUGCCGAGAUGGGCUGCACGCUGAGCGCCGAGGACAAGGCGGCGGUGGAGAGGAGCAAGAUGAUCGACAGGAACCUGCGGGAGGACGGCGAGAAGGCGGCCAGGGAGGUGAAGCUGCUCCUGCUCGGAGCUGGUGAAUCAGGGAAAAGCACAAUUGUCAAACAAAUGAAAAUUAUCCAUGAAGCCGGUUAUUCAGAAGAAGAAUGUAAACAGUACAAAGCUGUUGUCUACAGUAACACCAUUCAGUCAAUUAUUGCUAUCAUUAGAGCAAUGGGAAGGUUGAAGAUAGACUUCGGUGAUCCAACCAGGGCUGAUGAUGCUCGUCAACUCUUUGUGUUAGCUGGAGCAGCAGAGGAAGGAUUUAUGACUGCAGAGCUUGCUGGUGUUAUCAAAAGGCUAUGGAAAGACAGUGGAGUACAAGCUUGUUUCAACAGAUCUAGAGAAUACCAGCUUAAUGACUCUGCUGCCUAUUACUUGAAUGAUUUGGACAGGAUAGCACAAACAAGCUACAUUCCAACUCAACAGGAUGUUCUCAGGACUAGAGUGAAAACUACAGGAAUAGUGGAAACUCACUUUACUUUCAAAGAUCUUCAUUUUAAGAUGUUUGAUGUUGGAGGCCAAAGAUCAGAACGGAAGAAGUGGAUUCAUUGUUUUGAGGGUGUUACAGCAAUUAUUUUCUGUGUGGCAUUAAGUGAUUAUGACUUGGUCUUGGCUGAAGAUGAGGAAAUGAAUCGGAUGCAUGAAAGCAUGAAAUUGUUUGACAGCAUCUGCAACAACAAAUGGUUUACAGACACUUCUAUAAUUCUUUUCCUGAACAAGAAAGAUCUUUUUGAAGAAAAAAUCAAGAGGAGUCCUCUCACUAUUUGCUACCCUGAAUAUGCAGGUUCAAACACUUAUGAAGAAGCAGCUGCUUACAUUCAGUGUCAGUUUGAAGAUCUUAACAAGAGAAAAGACACAAAAGAAAUCUACACUCACUUCACAUGUGCCACAGAUACGAAAAAUGUGCAGUUUGUUUUUGAUGCUGUAACUGAUGUCAUUAUUAAAAAUAACCUUAAAGACUGUGGCCUCUUCUGAGAACAGACAAGACAUUAUUAAAUGGUUUGAAGAAUGGCUUCACACAAUUCUAAUCUGAUUGAUUUCAAGAUGAAAGAUAUACAAAAUAUGUUGUGCUGAAUGAUAGAUCAGUACUGUACUUGCCUGUUUUAACAGCUUUAUUUAUGUUUGUCUUGUAAAUUUAAGUAAUUAGGUAACACUGAGAUGUCUUUUGACUGUAUGUAAACUUGUAGUAAUGUAUUUGUAUAAACGUUGAAUGGAAUACUUUGGUAACUUGUCCUCUAAAAUUUCUGUGGUUUAUGAAGAUACUCUUAGAGGAGACUUUCUGCCUUUUGGUUAUUUAAACAUCUUGUAAAAUUAAAUUUUCUUUUCAUCUAGAGGGUGCAUGCUACUUUAUUCUUUACUUUUUGUUGGUAAUACUGUAUAUGGCACUAGCUUUUUUGAUAUUUAAACAGCUUCAUACACCUGCUCAGAUUUAAAGAAACAUAACUAAUAAAACUUGGGGGGUUUUUUUGCCUUAAGUUUUGGGAAAAAAAAUUUUUAAAUUUAGGUUGAAUACAGAAAUUAUUUUUAAAACUUAAGUGAAAUCCACAGCUUAUGAAAUCUGGAUUUUCAGUCUUUGAAGUGCAAAUGUGACUAUAUUGAAAAACUGAAUUUGAAGGUUGAAAUAUCAUUGAAGCUCAUGGAAAUGCAAAAAGGAAGUUGUUAAAAACACGCUUGUAGAAAUAAAGAGAAAGUUUGAAACUAA